AUGACGAAGCUAAUGGUCACGUCUCAAUGGCUGGUGCGUAUGGUACGGCGGCGGCCGCUGCAUGUGCAGAUGAGUUGUCGUUGGUACUCCAUAAAGAAGAAUGUGGAAGAAGCACCCAGGAUUAACCCAGUAGGGAUACAGUACUUAGGUGAGUCUCUGCAAAAACAGGUGUUUGGAAGUUGUAGUGGCAGAGACGAGGCGGAUCAAAACGAGAAGCUCAUGGAGUUAUCGAAAAAGUCGCUAAGAGACCAUGGUUUAUGGGGGAAGAAGACGCUCAUUACGAAGCCCAUAUCGUUUCGCUUGCCGCCACUGCAAGGUGGGUCGCUGGAUGAGCACUUUCAAAAGAUUGGACAGUUUAAUUCAGAGCCGUACAAAAGUUUCUGUCAGGAUAAGUUUACGGCGAUGGUGCCACGACCGGCGGAAUGGCUGCGGAAGCCAGGCUGGGUUAAGUACGUGCCUGGAGCGGCCCCUGUUGAAGUUGAAUUUCCAGAUGAAGAGCUAGUGGUAUUUGAUGUGGAGACGCUGUAUAACAUCUCUCACUAUCCGACCUUGGCCACUGCUCUUUCGUCGACGGCAUGGUACCUUUGGUGCUCGCCGUUCAUAUGUGGUGGUGAUGACCCUGCUGCGUUGAUACCCAUGAACACGUUGAAUAAGGAGCAGGUCGUAAUUGGUCACAAUGUCGCAUACGACAGGGCGCGAGUUCUCGAAGAGUACAAUUUUCAGGACUCGAAGGCUUUUUUCCUGGACACUCAAUCACUGCAUAUUGCAUCUUUUGGGUUAUGUUCAAGACAGCGUCCGAUGUUCAUGAAGAAUACCAAGAAAAAGGAGACGGAAGCAGAGCCAGAAGUGCAAUCAGAAAUUUCCAUUGAGGAUUACGACGAUCCUUGGUUGAACGUGUCUGCUUUAAACUCGUUAAAGGAUGUAGCGAAAUUUCACUGCAAGAUUAAUUUAGAUAAAGCCGAUAGGGAUUUCUUCGCUUCCACAGACAAAUCAACGAUUAUCGAAAAUUUCCAAAAACUAGUCAACUACUGUGCCACUGACGUAACGGCCACGAGUCAAGUGUUUGACAAAAUUUUUCCUGUUUUCUUAAAGAAGUGUCCUCAUCCUGUUUCUUUUGCAGGUUUAAAGUCUUUAAGUAAAUGUAUUCUACCGACAAAACUGAACGAUUGGAACAACUAUUUGAACAGUUCCGAGUCUUUGUACCAACAGUCUAAAAUCGAAAUAGAAUCCAAAAUUGUCCAAAUCAUUAAGGAUAUUGUUCUUUUGAAAGGCCAACCGGAAAUGUAUCUCAAGGAUCCCUGGUUAUCACAACUAGACUGGAACAUAAAACCUUUAAGAUUGACCAAGAAAGGUGUUCCUGCAAAAUGUCAAAAACUGCCUGGCUUCCCCGAAUGGUAUAGACAACUUUUUCCAUCAAAGGACACUCUAGAACCGAAAAUCACUAUCAAAUCAAGAAUAAUUCCAAUUCUGUUCAAGCUGUCGUGGGAAAAUUCCCCCGUAGUAUGGUCGAAGGAAUCUGGAUGGUGCUUUAACGUGCCUCAUGAACAAGCAGAAGUAUACAAAGCAAAAAAUUACGUCUUAGCAGAUAGCGUAUCUCAAGAGGAAGAGGAAAUAAGACUAAAGAAUCUCGGAUUACAUUCCUCAGGUGUUCUUUUCAAAGUACCUCAUCCUAAUGGGCCGACUUUCAAUUGUACUAACCUAUUAACGAAAUCGUAUAAUCAUUUUUUUGAAAAGGGCGUUCUAAAAUCAGAAUCUGAAUUGGCCCAUCAAGCUUUACAAAUUAACUCUUCAGCCUCAUAUUGGAUGUCAGCGAGGGAACGAAUCCAAUCGCAGUUUGUAGUCCCAAAUUUUAAAUUCCGCAGUGAGUUUCACUCUUUGUUCGCUAAACCAGCUUCAGUUAAUAACAAAGCAGAUGAUCUUGCCAUAAUUAUACCGAAAAUUGUACCCAUGGGCACCAUCACUAGAAGGGCUGUGGAAAAUACAUGGUUAACCGCGUCUAAUGCAAAAACCAACAGAAUAGGUUCCGAGUUAAAAACCCAAGUGAAGGCCCCCCCAGGUUAUUGCUUUGUUGGAGCAGAUGUGGAUAGUGAAGAAUUAUGGAUAGCAUCUUUAGUCGGUGAUUCUAUUUUUAAUGUUCAUGGUGGUACCGCGAUUGGAUGGAUGUGUCUGGAAGGAACUAAAAAUGAAGGAACAGAUCUGCACACUAAGACUGCUCAAAUUUUGGGUUGUUCUCGUAAUGAGGCAAAAAUUUUCAAUUAUGGUAGAAUUUAUGGCGCAGGUGCUAAAUUUGCGAGCCAACUACUUAAAAGGUUCAACCCAUCUUUAACUGAUGAAGAGACAAAAAAAAUUGCAAAUAAAUUAUAUGAGAAUACGAAAGGUAAAACAAAAAGAUCGAAAUUAUUCAAGAAGUUUUGGUAUGGUGGUUCCGAGUCAAUCUUAUUCAAUAAAUUAGAAAGUAUUGCGGAACAAGAAACACCAAAGACACCUGUUUUAGGAUGUGGUAUUACUUAUUCACUCAUGAAGAAAAACUUGAGGGCAAAUUCUUUUUUACCAUCGAGAAUCAAUUGGGCCAUCCAAUCAUCCGGUGUUGAUUAUUUGCAUCUCCUUUGUUGCUCCAUGGAGUAUAUCAUUAAAAAAUAUAAACUUGAGGCAAGACUCUGCAUUUCCAUCCAUGAUGAGAUUAGAUUUUUAGUGAGCAAUAAAGAUAAAUACAGAGCUGCUAUGGCUUUGCAAAUCAGUAACAUAUGGACAAGGGCCAUGUUUUGUCAACAAAUGGGUAUAAACGAAUUACCGCAAAACUGUGCUUUUUUCUCACAAGUUGAUAUUGAUUCUGUCAUACGAAAAGAAGUUAAUAUGGAUUGCAUCACGCCAUCAAACAAAAUCGCAAUUCCUCACGGAGAGGCGCUUGAUAUCAAUCAAUUGUUAGCCAAGCCGAAUAGUGAACUGGGCGAACCAAAUCUCAACAUUGACAAUGAUGUGUCACGAUACACCUAUAAAUUUAGGGAACCUGUAUUUGAGGAAUAUAAUAAGUCUUACACCCCAGAGUUCCUGAAGUAUUUCCUUGCAAUGCAAGUUCAAUCUGAUAAGCGGGAUGUGAAUUUGCUGGAAGAAGAAUACCUACGGGAGUGUACAUCCAGGGAGUACGCUAGGGACGGAAACACUACAGAGUACAGCCUCCUAGACUAUAUACAGGAAGUGGAGAAAGGCAAAAGGACUAAAAUACGUAUCAUGGGAUCCAAUUUUUUAGAUGGUACAAGAAAUGCUAAAAGUAAUCGACGCAUCAGACCAUCUGCCAAUAUGCUUGAUUAUACUUCACUUCAUAAAAUUGCGAACAAUUCUACAAAAGACCCCAAAAACCAACUAGUCAGGAAUAAUGGAAGGAGGGAAGGCGCAGCCCUUCUUACAGGCGAAGAUAAGAGUAAAUUAACUAGAAAAAGGAAUACUACGCCUAUGGAAAGGAAGUACAAAAGGGUGUAUGGUGGCAGGAAGGCAUUUGAAGCAUUCUAUGAAUGUGCGAAUAAACCACUGGACUAUACUUUGGAGACAGAAAAGCAAUUCUUUAAUAUUCCUAUAGAUGCAGUCAUUGACGAUGUUCUGAACGACAAAUCUGGUUAUAAAAAGAGACCAUUGCAAACAAAAAUAGCAUCAUCGCCAACACGCAAGACUGCAAAAGCGGUGCAUUCCAAAGAAUUGCCGGCAAGCAAGUCAAGUACUAAAAAAAGAAGUUUACUUGAACUACAAAGGGACAUUACUAUAUCUAGAGGGUUCUAG